AUGGACCUCUGGCUUUGGUCACUUUACUUCCUGCCAGUAGCUGGAGCCCUGAGGGUCGUUCCAGAAGUAAAGGUGGAGGGAAUGCUGGGAGGAUCCGUUGUUAUCGAGUGCCCGCUUCCUGAAAUGCAUGUGAGGAUAUAUCUGUGCCGGACAAUUGUUGAGUCUGGAGGAUGCGCCACCGUGGUGUCCAACAGGAACUUCGUCAAGAAGGAAUUCAAGAAUCGAGUCACACUGGAGCUGUGUCCAGACAGGAAUCUGUUCCUGGUGGAGAUGACAGAGCUGGUCGAGAGUGACAGCGGGGUCUAUGCCUGUGGGGCAGGCAUGGACACAGACCGGGGCAAGACCCAGCAGGUCACCCUGUCUGUUCACAGUGAUUACGGGCCUUUCUGGGAAGAAGAGCCAAUGCCUGAGCCUCCAGCAUGGUUUAACAGAUUUCUCCAAAUGCGUAUGCCUCUUUGGUUCCAGAUGCCUGAACAUGCCAGUUCUUUGGAAUUCAUAUCCAAAGUAACCACACCAGCUCAAAGGACCGAGGCCCCUCCAGCACACCAUGCCUCCCCCACCACCUCAAUCACCCACCGCCCUCGAGUUUACAGGGCAUCUUCAGUAGCAACUGCCCAGCCCACCACCCUCCUGCCAUCUGCCACAGCCUCAAAAACCUCAGCACAGGAGGAACUGCUCAGGCUCCAGACGGCCAGCUACAGCCACCAAACAAGGCUUCACAGGCAGAGUUCACUCAACCAGGGCCCAGGCCCCGUGUCUGGGAUGGAAGACCAAGGCUUCUACAUCCUGACCCCCACCAUCCUGGGUCUAAUCCUGCUGGCACUUCUGGGGCUGGUGGCGAAGAGGGUCAUUCAAAGGAGGAAAGCUCUCUCCAGACGGGUCCGCCGACUGGCCGUGAGGAUGCGCGCCCUGGAGGCCUCACAGCGGCCCCUGUCACAGCGGCCACGCGUGUCACAGCGGCCACGCGUGUCGCAGCGGCCACGCACCCAAAACAACGUCUACAGCGCCUGCCCUCGGCGCCCUCGGGGGGUGGACGCUGCUGGUGAGCAGGCGGGUGAAGGGGCGGCACCUCUCCCAGGCCCCGGAGCAUUGGCGCCCCAAGCCCCGCCGCAGGUGUCGGAAACUCCCUGGCUCCAUGCCCCAUCUGUGAAGAUCAGCUGUGAAUAUGUGAGCUUCUACCACCAGCCUGCUGCCAAGAUGGAGGACACACAUUCCGAUGACUACGUCAAUAUUCCCUGCCUGACUCAGCUCUCCAGCUGUCCCCCUGGGCCCAGACCUUGGUGCCAAUGA